UUCAUUAUUCCAUCCUUCCUUCCGACAAAGCAUUGCCUAAAAAAAAGAUCAGUAGAUCCACCAAGGGACACCGAAUCACAACACUAGAAGAGAUAAGAGGAGACCACCAGAGAUAUGGCAGCCAGCAGUGCAAUAGGAAGCUCCCCGGUGGAGCCAAACAUAACGUGGAACGAGACCCAAAGGAGGUUCGAGACAGAAGACAAGAAAGCCUACGUCGAAUACGUAUUGAGACAAGACGGAAAAGUAAUGGACAUCGUCCACACUUUCGUCCCAUCUUCCAAGCGAGGCUUGGGCUUGGCUUCUCAUCUCUGUGUUGCUGCCUUCAAUCAUGCCAAGUCCCACUCUUUAUCGAUCAUCCCUUCUUGCUCUUAUGUCUCCGACACUUUUCUCCCACGGAACCCGUCUUGGAACAGUUUAUUAUACUCGGAAGAGCCAAGAUCCAAUAUCUAAGUAGCUGCAUCACUUUGUUGUUGGGGUUAUGGAGAUAGAUAAGGCUGCUAUAUUCAUCGCCCCUUCGGACGUCACAGAUACUCUACUUGAAGCCAAAUAAUAAUUUGAUGUACUCUUAGCGGGUAAUAUCUUUACAGUUGCUUUUGCAUGUGAUAUUGAUUCCAUUAAAGUUUGGUGACAAACAUAAGUUGGUGUAUAGAUCCUGCAUCAUGAAU